CUAUGUUAGACCCACGCCAGAGAAAUUUCAACCUAUUCUAGUUGCUACGCCAAGUGUAAAACAUACAAGCUUUCGAUUAAUCUAUAGUUUGCAUUGCUUUUACUGUCCAUAUCAAUAUAAUCAGGCUGUCCACGUAUUCUGUACAAGUACCGUUUUUGCUACGCCGAUCGCGAAAAUUUAUCACGUACGCCAAUGCGCCAAGGCGCGCAAAUAGCAAAUUUCACGCCGCUACGCCGAGGAAAAAGCUAAGUCCACGCUGGAGAUCUCCGGCGUAAACUACAUGGAAUGCACCCUGGGCGCUACGGCUCUGAUGAAUAAACAGACACUAGCCUCUUGAAGUACACAACUUCUUCACUGUUCGUGAACAAAAUCUUUGUCUCAUCAUCAAACUGAGGCUCUUCAGUUUGCACCAGCCGGAAACUUCCACUAAAAUGGCGGGAAGUGCGCAACCAGUACAAUUGCAAUCACAGAAAUUAGUGAAAACAUUAUGCUUCGAAGCACUUAAUCAAUUGUCGCUUCUUUUAAAACCUGCAAGGUUGGGAAAAGACUGGAGGUCUUUGGCAGACUUGAUCGGUUUCAGCAAUGAAGACAUUAUGUACCUUGCAGAAGAUAAAGAACCUGUUGUUGAACUGAUGAAGGAAUGGGUAAAACGGCACCAAGAAGGUGCUACGAUAGGAAAAUUAACUGAAUAUCUAAAGAAACUUGGAAGGCUUGAUGUCAUUGAAGAUCUUCAAGAUUAUUUUGAUAAAGCUCUUACGGCCGAUGAAUACAAGCAAAGUCAGAAUGAGUUAAACAUGCUUUUAAAAAGUGCAGCACUUGAUGAUUCACCUGUCACAGUUCAUGAGCGGUAUGAUGUCUUCAUCUCGUAUGCUGCUGCAGAUGUUAACUUUGCCAAAGAAGUAGUAUCACAGCUGGAAACAAAAUACAGAAUCAGAGCUUGCAUCGAUUUUCGAGAUUUCCUGCCUGGGCCACAUAUGUUGGAUCAGAUUGUAGAAGUAAUUGAACAACGCUGUAGAAAAGUGAUUGCCAUUUUGUCGGAGAAUUACGUCAAGUGCAAUGACUGUGACUUCCAAGCAAAGGUGGCGAUGAAACUCAGCCCAGGGUGCAAAGGACGAAUUUUAAUCCCCGUGCUCUACGAAAGCUGCGAUAUACCUUCAUAUAUGAAUGGUAUUUUCUACUUAAAGUACACUGACGAAGACUAUCGAAAAAAUUUCUGGGAAAGAUUGGGUAAAGCUGUAAAGGGUAGGGAAAAGAAGGAUUAAAAUGGGCAAAUUUUUACCAGCGCGACAGAUAAUCCCCUGCUACAACCUCGUGAAAAUGGUUUUGGCAUUCUUUGUUCUCAUAAUGGAUUUCACAUCCUGCGGUGAACAUAAUAUUUUAUUUUAGAAACAGUUAUUAUAAUGGAAUUUUUUGUAUGAGCUGGUUUCAACACUCUGCACUCACAUGAAUUGGUAUCAUCGUUUCACAAUUUGAAAUUAUGGGUACCUAUCAGAGAUUUUUUGCCGUGUUGUGCUAUGAAGUAUAGAAAUAGAUAACAAUAAAUAAUUUGUUAUAGUUGGCGCAUCAAUCUAAUAGCUACAUAGAUGCUAAUUAAUACCGACUUUAUUUGAUAUCGGCUAUAUUUAUUACUGACUAUAUAAGUUUUUAAAUGAUCAAAGGGGGCCUCGCGGUAAAUUUCGCCAAAGACCAAUAGCAGCAAGUAAAACAGGGCUAUUGCUCCGCAUUUAGAAAGAGUUGCAGUCACCCUGAGCCCCCCCCCCCAGUAUUACACCCUUGUUCAGUGAGUAGAUUAGAUUAGAUAGAAUACAUCUUGUAAGGCUUUUAGAUUCAUUUAGUCAGAAUACUUAACGUAUAUAGCUUCAAAUAAUUAAUGUACGAGUAUUGGCAUAAAUUGAGGCGUGUAGAAAAAUACUUUAGAGAUUUAGAUAAAUGUGAUUUUAGCGCUUAGAUUGUCACAGUUUCAUUGCAUUAUUGUGCUGUGAUGCUUUCUAUAGUUCUGUUUCUCUUAUUCCGUGGAAUAGUAGAUAUAAUGAAACUUCUUAUAACUGUAAUCAGGUGUUAUCUUGGUAUGUAUGUUUUGUUUAUUGCGAUUGAGGCACUGGUUACUAACAGUUUUACACUCAUCAGACAGGCUAUCUUCUACUAUCGCAAUAUACUAUCCGUAUAUCACUCUUGUACUAUCGCAAUAUACUAUCCGUAUAUCACUCUUGUACUAUCGCAAUAUACUAUCCAUAUAUCAAGCUACUUGUCGUAGUUCCCCCAGAAAACCAUCAAAAGUGUCAUUGCUUGAUGACACCACACAGGAAUAUCUGCAAAGCAUUUUUGUCUAAAAACCUAUAUAAAAAAGUUCAGUCUCUUCAGAUGAGAAGUGCCCAAAAGUGAGUUGAGAAGUGCCAGCACAUUAAUGCUUUUUGUAAAUGUAAUGAUAGUUCAACGUGCCAGCAAUUUCACUUUGAUAUUUACAUAUUCCAGUACCGUAUUUCUUGAGAGUAUCUAAUAACCAUUCUAUAGUAAGUAACUAUUGGGCUGCAAUUACGGGAGUCAUAUGUUGCUGGUAAAAUAGCAGUUGUUGCCUUUUAGAACCCAGAAUGGUAAAAUUUGUUGAUCGUUUUUGCACGAACACAAGCAUUUAUUUUGUCCUAGAUAAACAUUAAUAGGUUGAUUUCAAAUGAAUCGUAUAGAAAUACUUUUGUUGAUAACUAUGUUGAUAAAAAUUGAUUUUUACUUUUUUAUUGUACCCAGGGUCAUUUACAGUAUGCUAGGUAAUGCAUUUUUGAUGUACGGUGAUCAUGAAAAUGGCUCGUUAGA